AUGCUGGGGUCGUUUUUGAGGCAUGGAUUGAGCCGGGAAGAGGCGGAGUCUGAGGCCGCGUUGGAAAUGGCCCGAUACCACAGCUACGGCUAUCAGAGCUACUUUCCUCUUCUUGAUUACAACGCCCAGGGUGCUUUGGCGCUUGAAGGCGGAAAUUGA